UUGUGUUGUGUUUUAUUUAGCUGCCAGCAGUGCGAUCUCUCAUCUCAUAGAAGAGCAUAAUCAAAUCUGGUUUGCAAUAAUUUUCAAUUAUAAAACUACUUUGCUUCGCACGUUAACUGUGAAUAUCUAAUCUACGAUAAUAAUUCAAUUGAAAACAAGAAAAAACCGAUAAUUAAUUAUCAUCAAUUAUUGUGAGUGUGAGUUUCUUUUUUUGUUAUCAAUUUGAAUAUUUUUUAGUGCGUGCGCCUUACGCUCUUCUGCUGGGCUUUUGAAAUCGAAUCAAAAUCAAAAAGAAAAAUAGAAAAAUAUGUAAAAUCAAAAUGUGCUCCUUUGUGACACCAAUACCAGCAACACCAUUUUCGUAUUCAAACUCAAUGCGUCUGCCUCACUCUUGCCGCUCGGCAUCCUGAUCGAGUGUAACAGAGCAAGCACUUUAUCUGCACCCGUAUACAAAAAUCUUUGGAUAUCCCAGCGCCAGCAGUCCUACCCCCGCCGCCGUCGUCGUCGCCGCUACCAUCGCCGUCAACGCCACCAGCUAGCGCAACUUAAAAAGGGGAUGAAAUUGAAAUAAUGAGAUUUGUGUUUCCUUUUUUUCGAAUUUGUAUCGCAAUCGCAACUUUGUCGCUCUCGUUUUCGUCCUCGUUGUCGUUGUCGUUGUCGAAGUCGCCGUCAUCAUCGUCGUUGUUCUGAAUUCUCGUUCGUCGCUGUCACCACCGACCAUCAACGUCGCCGUAGCUUCGUCCUUUAUGCUUUUUCCCAGUGCGCGAUAGAAAGGCUCUAGGUAUCCUCCUUCAAUUCAAAAAGUGUGAUUUAAUAAAAAUCAAAUUGCAUUGAAUUUGUUUGAAUUUAGAAAAUAGAAUAAGAGAAUCCGAGGCAGGAUCCAAUUGAAGAAUAAGAAGAAAAGGAAGAAAUACCUCUGUGUAUUUAAAAUUCAAAAAUUGAUGGGGGUGCGAAAGUGUGAUAAAAUGCGAAAAACAUCUAGGCAUCAUCAUUUACCCCCUGUGUGAAGUGAAAGUGAGUGUUAUAUAAAUAUACACAUAUGUAUAACAAGGACGACGUAUAGUGUGGUGUAAGAGAAUAGCAGAAAUAACGAAAAGAAGAAAAAACCGGGAGCAAUAAGCACCCCACCCUCUUGUCCGGGCGAAUCUCUGUGAUUCUUUUUUCUGUCAAAAUUUGUGAAAACCGUCGUCGUUAUUGUUGUCGUUGUUGUUUUUGUUAUCGUUGUUGUCUUUCACGUUAUUGUCUCCAUCUAAUAAUAGCGAACAAAAUUAAACAAGAGAAGGAGCUUAAUUUGUACAUCGCCUUCGCCAACACAAACCCCCUCGAGCAGUGGGUGAAGUGAAGCGAGAAUCAAGAACCGAAAUCGCUCCUCGACAAACCUUCAAUCUUCAGCAGCCAUUCACCAUUACCAUCAAAAAAACAACCUUCAACAACCAAACACAAAACCAACACCAACUAAGACCAGUACGAGCUCGAGCCCGAAGAGCUACGUAGAAAAUAUAUAAAGGAUAAAACUUACACUUUUAUGACGUCAGCAGCAGGAGGUGAAGAAGGAGCCAACAGUAUCAGCAUCAGGAUCAGCCCCAGCACCAGCAUGGACCAACCUAGUAUCCUUGUGCGAAUUCUACAUGCGAUUCCGCAUGUGAAUUACACAUUUCGCCGGGUUAAUGACACUUUCAAUCCGGACAGCGAUAUUUAUCUAGAGAGCUUGGGAAUAUUAGCGUCCAUCCCCGCCGCAUUACUUAUAUUAUCGUUAUUUGGUUUACUGCUAUAUUUAUUGACAAGAUGCUGUGAUCGAAAACCGAGGAAACCAAGCGCACAGAGAUGUCAAAACUGCACACUGGUUAUCAUCACAUUGAUGUGUUGUGCAGCGAUUGGUUUAGGUUUAUACGGAAACGAUGAUUUCCACAAUGGCUUAUUACAAGCCUUUAGUUCCGGUAAACAAGUUGAAGGACUUGUAGGAAAUUUGAAAAAACAGACUGAAAGCAUAAAAAUUAAUCUCGAGACUAAAGUCCAAAGCUACAAUCUGGAGGAACAAAUUGACAAGUCUAAAUACAAUCAAACAGCCGUUACAAUCCUGCUAGAUACAUGUCGUUUGGUGCGUGAUAAUACAUCUCGAGCCGUAACCAGCUUAGACAACAUGGUUCUAUAUUUUAUGAAAACAAAAGGAACAGAAAAUGACACCUCCCUUAAAGGUGUUUUAAAUCUAGGAGAAUUGUACGAGUCAAUACGAUGGCCAGCAACACUCGGUUUUCUAACUCUGCUUUUACUUUUAUGCACCAUCUUAGUUAUAGGUGUAGCGAGACGUUCACGAUGUGCUCUUAUAUUCUUCAGUGUUUCCGGUUUAUUUUGUAUAAUAAUUUGUUGGCUGUUAUCCGGUAUUUAUCUAGCAUCUUCAGUCGCAGCUGGAGAUUUUUGUAUGCGGCCACACGAAUAUAUGUGCCGCCAAGUUGGAAUGCGGAGCCCCUAUGUCUACUUCCUUAAUUGCGGUACACUUAGAAAUCGUUUCAUUCUUCGUUUGAAUGAGUCCAGAGAUUUAGUCGAACGUGCUAGAGAAUCUGUUUAUCUAGUAUCAAGGAUGAGCCAAGAUGUCUCCCCUCGUAUCGACAUCCGUCAAACACUAGAACGAAUGGACAAUGACCUGGAGGAAACCAAACGAAAUUUGAGUGUUUUGUCGGCGACGCUGGAUCGUCGGUUUAUAGACAAACACUAUGCGGAUGCCCUACGGGGAUUAUGCGGUGGAGGACUCCUUGGUUUGAGUCUAAUGAUGGUGGCUGGCUUACUGACAUCAUUCUUGCUCACGAUUCUAGUAUAUGCGGACUCACACGCCUGGAUAUAUCUAACAAAGAGGCCACCUAUGGAGGCAGAUAAAUCCGAAACAACACCCCUAUUCCCUAUAACAUCGGCACCAAAUGCAACAAUAUCACCCACCCUUCCGGCUGGCACAGGGACCAUUAAUCGAACUUUAUUGCACCAUCAACAAGCGCACAGUGGCACUUUGAGUGCGGGCGGUGGUGUGGGUGUGACCGGUGGACACCAUCAUCGAAACGGAACCGCUGGAUUGAGAUCAGGGUUGGCAUACACAACAACUACUACUUCCCCUAACACUGCUGGAGGUGGUGAUGGAAACUCAUCACCGCCGCCCGGCUAUGAUGUUGUGGUGCAUGGCACAAGGAGUGGUCACCACACAUUGGGUCGGUUACCAUCACAACAAUCGGCGUAUUUAGCCGGCCCAAAUAAUGGAAAAUAUGCAACCCUUAGCAAACAGUGUAAAACACUAGAAUCGAAUGACUUCUACUGAGAAUCGCUUGCCUGCAACUUAAAUGCAGGCAGCAGUUCGUCAAUGAAGAACAUCUUCGCAUCAGCAACAUUACCUCGUUCAUCAGCUUCAUCGAUUAAAUCAAACACAUCAACUGCUCAUACAAUCUGCAAAACAACCGACGGCUUCGGCGGCAGCACCAAUAAACUAGACGAAAAUGGCGACAUCAAAGAUCCCCGCGACGUAACUAAUAAUAGUUUUAAUCGCUUCGAUCCAAAAUACAUUAGCAUAGGCCCAAAAGCGGUGCGGGGAAAUAAUAAUCUUAAUAUUGUGGCAGCGGCAACAGCAAAUAAAUGUGCCACAUUGCGUCAUGUUGGUAGGUAUGGUGGGUCACUCAAAGGCGUAACGAGUCCUAGUCCAAAUUUGCGAAGUGCCAAGACACCAAGCAUUGCAACUGUUUCCAAGGAUUAUUGCAAUCAACCAGAUUGCAUACCACCCUACAAGAAAACCCCCACAACGAAUACAUUUACAGACAUUCCAGGUACGACAGGUGUGGGUAGCUCAAUUGCUGCAGCUGCCGCUAAGAAGGAAAGUGAGCGGCAGCAGCAACUCCAACAAUAUCAUAAUCAACAACAGCAGCAACAACAACAACAGCAGCAUCAGCAGCAACAACAACUUCAGCACCAACAACAACAGCAACAACAACAAUUACAACUUCAGCAACAGCAACAACAAUUACAACAACAGCAACCACUGCCUUCUGUGUAUAGCAUUGAAACAGUGCCCUACAGGCCUCCACCACCGAGCCAACCAAAUCAAAAUGCUACCUCCUUGAUGCAGCAACCGCAACAGCAGCAACAACAACAACAACAGCAAACGCACCAACAGCAAUCACAAUCUAGACAACAAAUAAAACAACAACAACAACUCAAUUCAAUAGUCAAUCAACCGCUGCCUGACAUCCCACAACAUCAGCAACAACAUUCAACGAAGAUCUCUCAGCAGCCACUUUGUGCUGCAAAUCUGAACUCAUAUCGCUCUCUACAACGUCCCACUUCUCAAAAGCUUCAAAUCUCGAGCGCUCGAAGCUCUGAUUUAUUGAACAAUUCCCAGUCCUAUUCUAUACAGAGCCAACAACCGCAACAAAAUAACAAGAUAACUCCACCCACCCUUCCACCCAAGAAUCGUCACAAAGAAGAUCGGUCGUCAUCGCGACAUUCCAGUGUAAAUCCGCAAACCCUGCCUCCAAAAUCCUCAAGCUUACGUCAGCAACAGCAACAGCAGCACCCAUCCACCCAUAGCACAUUCGGCUAUGAUCGUGGAGGUCAAAAUGUCGCUGUUCAACCACCAGAACGAUCCCGACGAAGCGAAAGUCUUGAAAACUCUCACAAAUCUUCCUCGGGAAUGUCUUACAUGGAGCAAUAUAAAACCAGUUCGAAGCAUCAACAGCAGCAACAACAACAAGAACAAAACUACCCGCAAUACCAACAACAGUCGUCAUCUUCGUCACACCGUCAGCCCUCAAACGUCAUCUCCACAGCCUCAUCGCAUCAUAGCAAUGGCAAUUCCUCGUCUGGAUAUCAUCACCAAAAUAGUAGCAAAAACCACUACGACCCGCAACAACAGCAACAAAACGCCUAUUAUCGAUCUCUAAAACGUGGCGGUUCCCACGCCAACAACGACCUGUAUUCUGUUACUGAAUUGUAGGAGUGUGCCUGCUGCGGCGGUGGCGUUGAUGUAGCACGACGAUGUCCAGCUGGAAAAUCGUCGUCCACCUCUGCUCCACCAGCCGCAGCGCAGUCCCAUUCGUCGUCUUCUUCGAAUCAUCACCAGCAUCGCCAACAUCCAAAGUCUAGUAAACGUUCCUUAUCGUACCAUGCCCCGCCAACCAGCCAUCCUAGUUGCGACGACCACGAGUACGAUUACUAUCCCAAGACACAGCGUUCGGCGACAUUCGACGUUGCCGAUGCACGAGAUUACGAAGUGCGUAUGUUAAAACAACAGCAACAACAUCAUCGUUCAAAUGUUGUUGCCACCAUGAAGCAAAGCCAACAAAUCUUGCAACAACAGCACGCUAGCAAUGGUAAUCUCGCCUCAAACGGAGUGCAGCAGCGUCAGCAUCGCAGAGAAAAAACUUUCAAAGUAUGAUUUUUAGAGACGUCAUAAAAAUUUCCUCCUACUUCUGGUAGGCGGCAGAGGUAAUAAUAAAAAAGACACUACUCUACACAAAACACCAUCAUCAGUAAAACACUUUCAGUAUAUCAGGAUUCAGGAUUCAGAAUACACGACUCGAAGAUGUUGCUAGGGAUUUUUUAUUAUUAAUUCGAAGCGAAAUAAAUUUUUGUGACGUCAAUAAACCGAAAAAUUAAGUGAAGCUAAGCUAAAUUAAAUCAAAAAAUUAAAAAAUACAAAAAUACACAAAUAAACAAUACAAAGUUUUCAAAAAACAAAGCAAACAAAAACAAAAUAGCUAUAGAUUACGAAUGUUGCAAUUUUAAAAAACAAAUCACUUUUAACAUAGAAACUGUUUUAAUCGUAAAAUUCAAUUACAAAAUCAAAUUAACAUAAAAAUUCUAUUAGUUUGAAAAUAGUUUUCGGAUUUUGUAAUAGAAUUUCAAAAACGAAACGAACUGUUUUGGUUUCAGUAUGAAUCAUUUUUGUAUUUUGACUUCUAUCAAAAAAGUCACAAAACUUGAAUGGUGUAAGAGAAAUAUCGUAAAAAGGAACUAUCAAUUAGUAUUCAAAGUAUUGUAAAGACUUCCUCUAGAAGGUGAUUAUUUUUCAUAUCUUGAGUUACUAAGAAUGUUCAUCUCCUAGAAAACCCUUUUGAAAGUAAUUUUGUUCAGUUUUUUAAAUAUAUUUCAAAGCUAAAUCACUGAAAAAUUUGUCGAAGCAAAGACCAGAACCUGUCUGGUUAGUAAUAGAUUAGUUUUUAAGAAUGAAUCAUCUGUGCCUAUGAUGUCUGGAUACAUUUAAUUUAACUGAAAACCGUUUAAACAUUGAGGUGCAUUUGAUCAUCCAUUAAAACCGAUUUGCAAAGCUAUAUUAUUAAGCUCAGAAUUCUCUGUCUUAAUUCAAAACGGUUUUGGUUUUAAAAAGGGAACCAAGAAGUAAUUGGGACAUGAACCUUGAUUGUACUCAUCAUUAUAAGUUCCGGUUCCUAUAUUUCAUAUUUCAAUGUGCAUAUAUUUUCUAAACGGUGCAGUUUUCAAGAACUUCAGUUUAUAUUAAUCGAUUUAGCUUACUCUACUUUACCAUCGUUUUUAGAGUCACUUUUAAAUUUCUAUCCUGUUUUAUUUCACAAAUUCUUACUAUUUUCGUUCUCAAUUUCUUUACCUAUUGUUUAUUAAAAUCUUACACCAUAUAAAAGUAAAAAAUAAUAAAUUAUUUUUAUUUAGCUCAGAAAAUCAAAAAUCAACAUAAGAAAUCAAAUAAAAGACAAACCUUACAAUAGUUAAAAUUACAUAUAACUUAAAACAAAGCAAAACAAAAUAAACAACAUUUCACAAUGUACAGAAAAGCAACUUUAAAAAAAAUUAAAAGUUUUCUUUUAGGAAAGUUAGGAAAACAAAAUUAAAUAUAGCUCAAUUUAUUAUAGAAAGCAAAAUAUACAUAAAUACAUAAUAAACAUACUAAAAGAAUAAACGCAACUCAAAUAAAUUAAUAUAAAUCAAACAAACAAACAAAACAAAAAAACAUUCCAAUGCAUUUAAAAAAAAAGAUUCUCUCUUCUUUCCUUAAUAUAAACAAAUUUAAAAAUAGCAAAAUUUUACUGCCAAAAAUAUGUACAAACACAUAACAAACAAUUCAUAAAAGUUAGUUACUCAUUUUCACUUUUUUUUUAAACAAAUUACAUUAAAGUGAGUUCUUAUCUUGGAAUUUUCAUUUUAGUCUUGCAAAUAAUAAAGUUAACAAUCUUUUAACCCAAUCGAUUUUCUUGGGAUACACCUUUUAUAAUCUCGAUUUCGAAAAGAAUCUAAACUUAUUCAAACAAUCACUUGGGUUCAUACAAAAUUGUAAAUUUUCAUUUUUCUCAAAUUAGUUUGAAUUUUAAAUUAAUUUUUUUACAAUUAUAAGCUUGAUCUUACGUGUUGAACUACAGGGUCCGGCACUCGAAGUGUUACCUAUUCAAGAAGCCAUAAAUUUGGUUUGGAAAAGGAUUUUCAUUUAUUUCAAUUACCAGAAUUUUGUUAAAAUAGUGAAAAGGUCAGAAUCUAUUCACUCGAUAUACCCACCUUUACCUUAAAUAUUGCUUUGAGACGGUCAAAAAACGAAUGGCAAGCUGCCCGAUCGUAACUUUUCUGCAUUUUAGCCCACUCACGGACAAUGGCUAACUUUAGCAUCUUGAGGCUGUUGUGUUUUUUACUUCGGACCUUGCUUUUCAAAAUAGCCCAAAGAAAAUGGUCUAUAGAAUUCCCGUCUGGUGAAUUCAAGAGCUAUUGUUUUUUUUUUUUUAUAAUAAAAGAGCCAUUGUGAAGACGAAAUAAACUUUAGAAGGUUGUUUUUCAACCUUUAUUAGUUUACUCACUCGUCUCCUUGUGAGACUCUGCAGAGUUUUGUUGAAAAGUUCAAAGCAGCCUCAAGAAUAUUUUUCCGAUAACACGUCGCAUUUACUUUGAAGCUAUCCUCAAUGCAAACGAUUGGAGGGCACCCAUCUGAAUUUGUGGUGAGCACUGCCUCCUGAUGCCCAACCGAUGAAUCAAAUUAAAAAUCAUAUAAAGGGUUCUUCAAGUAAACUCUACCAUUUUGAAAGUUUACAAAUACCUCAAUUUCGAAAAUUUUAUCGUCAAAAAACACGAUUUUCGGAAACUCACCACUUUCUCCAAAAUAAGCCAACAUCACCGCUCUCUCCAGUCUAGCUUGUUGCUGCUUAGGUUUAAGACCAUGCAAAAUAAUUCUGUACGCUUUUAAACAACAUUUAGAAUUGGCACUUAACAAAUUUCUAAACAGCUGUGACAGAUGUAGCAACGGUUUUAAACUGGUAACACUUCGAGUGUUGGACCCUGUAUAGUAAAUCAUUCUUGAGUUAAUGUCUCGUCACUUUUGAGCCAAGGCAAGGUCAACAACGAUGAGCUAAAAUCUCGUAUGAAUAAUUUUUCAAGUAAACUCUACCGUUUUGACAGUUUACAAAUACCUCAAUUUAUAAAAACACGGAAUUAAACUGGUUACACUUCGAAUGUUGGACCCUGUAUAGUAAAACAUUCUUAAACGAAUGUCUCACCACUUUGAGCUUAGCCAAGGUUAACUCUGUUUUAUUAUUUCUCAGGAAUGUAUAUUCCCCAAUAAUUUAUUCAUUGAAAAUACAUUUUAUUCCAAGAAACAAUUUGUUAUGAUACGUUUACAUUGUUAUUCAGUAUUUUAUUUUUGGGAAAACUAAGGAAAGGUUAAGGCUCUUAACAUUUGAUUGCAGCAAAAUAUCUUCAACCCAGAACUUAUUUCUUUUUCUCACAUUUAUUAAUUAUACACAAAGUACAUAAACGUAUUACUAAACGCCACAGUCCAUCAUCAAAAUGUAGAUAUAGUCACAAAUUUCGGUCGCAAAAAUUUAUGAAUUAAAAUUAAUAAUUAAAAAAUCGUUAACACCUCCAAAUAAAGACGAAAACAAAUCUAACAAACAAUUUUUGGCAUUUUGUUGUCGAUUUAUUUUUGUCACUUUCCAUGAAAAGUAUAUAUUACAUAUAUUUUACUCAAAUAUAUUUAAAAAAUCUGAAAACACAAAACAUAACACAUAAAUUAAAUUAAAUUAUAAAAUGAAAAACAAAAGAAAAAAACAUUUAAAAAAAUUGUUAAACAAAACGAAUAAUUGCAUAUUUUAAAUUGUAGUUUACGCAGAAUUAUACCAAAUAACCUAUGAAAUACAAAAACGAACCCCUAGAAAUACACAUUUUUAAUUGUAGGUACUACAUUAAUAAAAUUCUCAACAGUUUAAAUUAAUAUAUUAUAUUUUUUUUUUAAUAUGAAAACUUUAUAAAAGCAAGAAAAAUAACAUGAACUGUUGUUAGUGAUGUUGAAUUUUGUAAUAUUUAAGCGUUUUAGUCGAUUUAUAUAUGAAAAAAAAAAUUAAAUUAUAUACAUAAAAAUAUUAUUAACAAAUUAAACAAACAAACAAAAAAAAUAUAGAUAUUAAAUUAAUUAAAAAUAACAUACAUAAAAAUAGAUUCUAAGUAACAAAAACCCAAUUUUAGCCUUUAAAUGUAUAUUUGUUAAAUUCCCAAUAAUGAAAAGGAUAAAAAGUUUUGAAAGAAAAAUUUGAUGCAAAAAUUAAAAACAAAAACAAAACAAAAUGGUAUCCUUUCAGAAUAUAAAAUAAAAAUCUUUUUGAUAAAAAUAAAUUAAAACAAAUUUCUAGAAUAAGUACGAACGAGAAUAAAAAAGCGCUUAUAUACAAAUUAAGUAAAACGGAAUUUCAAAAUACAAUGUUUUGUCAGUAAAUUAAAAAAAUUAUUAUGUAAAAUAUACUUAAGAGUAAAAAAUAACACCACUUUAAAAGUAUUCAUAAGAGAGCGAUGAACUUAUGACGUAAAAAACGAUCAUUGAUCGAAAUCGAUUGCCUGCAAACGGAAUCUAAAGUUUUCGAAAUUUGUUUUUUUAAAUAUUGAAGAUGUUAUUUUUAAAUGUUUUUCUACCGCAUUUUUGUUGUUUUUUUCAAUUAAGAUUGCAGUUGGGAGAGAGGCAACGUAAUAUUUCACACUAGUGAAGAAUUGCUGAGGGCAUAUUCAAGUUGAAUUCAACUAGCCAGCCAAUGUGUAGAAAAAUCUAUAUACAUGUUUCCUUGUAGUCUUUAUACAUUGUUAAAAAAUCUAUAGUUUUGAUCACACAAAGAAACUAUCAUACACCCAGCGACAAAGAAACCCUUGCAGUAAUUCUGCUUAAUAAAACAUCAGGUGUUUUUAAAAUUCUUAAGAUAGAUAUUUUUAUUCAAUAAUAUUAAGGUUCUUGUUACAUACAUUUUUUGGUUUAAGGAAUAAAUAAUGAGGCAUGACAACAAUGUCGUUUUUUUCAAUUUCAAAUCAUACAAAUUUUAGUUUUUUUCAAGUAAUUUUUACUUAUUGACUUGUAGCAAAAUUUACUUUUAAUUCAAACAAACAAUAAAAAGGGCAGUAGUUGUGACAAGUUAAGUCGAAACAAAAUUAACUUUAAUUACUUUUACUGGGAAAUGAAAAUUGCUUACUUUAAAUUUAUUUACAAAAUCCAAAGACAAACAUGACUUUUAGUAGAUACAAAAAUACAAAAAAAGGUAGUUUAAAAAUUUUCAACUAUGAUUCUUCUUCUAAAGAUCAACGUUUCGGUGGUAUAUUUUUGGAUCAGCAACCAAUCUUCUCCAUUUAUUUAACCUUCUAUUUCAUUCUCGCUUAGAUAGCUUUUUCGAAAAAAGAGUCUCCUUAGCUCCUUCAAUAUCGGACAUAAUGUUUUCGUUCAAUCCCAUAUUGCAUAAGGAGCAAAUAUUAACCAAACCGUUUCUGUGUGGCAUACAAUUUAGGUUAAGAAGUUCACUUCUUACUUUAAAAAUAGUUCAAUAGUUUUUCUUGAAAAAUCGAGCCUAAAGUAAUUAUGUACAUUUAGAUCAUAGUUAAGUUUCGAAUAAAUGUCCCUUCCGUUGAUGUUCUUGCCUUUUUUAUAAAUGUGUUCCUUUCAUUUUCAUCGAUCGAUUGGAUGACCUCGUACAGUGGUUUUUUCAUCUGGAGGCCAGUUCAUCAAUUCAGUUCUAGAAUAAUACCACAAUUUGCAGCAGGAUCAAUCCAUUCCUUGUAGAAUCCAGUUUUUCGACGCAUGACACUUCUCAACAUAAUAUUUGGCAAUCGGUUUCGGUCCAUAUUAAUCACCGGUAUCAAAUAGUCUGCGCUCAGCUUCAAUGUUGAUACAAAGAGUGUCGAAAGCCCUGUUUCCAAAUGAUACAUAUACUUAGGAAGAAUCGAAGCAAAUUUUCAACAAUUUCGCAUUUCCGAACAUCCCAGAUCUGUGCUCCAUAAAACAGAAAUGCUUUUGCAGUUGCGUUAAAAACUUCAUAUUUUGUUAUUAUUAAAAAUUUUCCUCCAGUUCGAGAAAAUAGCAGUUCUAGCAGCAUCAGUUUUAGCUUUGAGGUGUUUCAAAUUAAACAUUCAAAUUAAACAUGAGAGUCAUUCCCAGAUAAACAUACAUAAUCCUUGACUACUUCUAAUCCUACUCCAUGAUAUCUCCAAUUUUUUCCUUUUGCGGCCCGACCUGCACCAUUUUAGAAUACCAUUAUCUUAGAUUUUGCAAAAUUUAUUUCCAGUCCCCAAUUUUUACAAUAAGCAGCAUACAUAAUUAAUUUUAUUAAAAUUCUUAAGAUGUCUUUGUUUUUUUUUUAGUAUUUCAAAAUUUCGAAGAACUCGUAAUUUCAAAAUUUAAGGGCAAGAAAAUAAUGUUUUCUUAAAAAUUUUGCAGUUUAUUUUAACGGAUAUUUAUUAAACAAUUAAGUACAUACAAACCAAAAACAAUAAUAAUUAAUUUUUCUUUGUCCCACACUUUUCUUCAUGACCUCACCAAUGCAGUUUGGCAUAAAAUUGAACAACUUUUUUAAAUAAUUUUCAUUUAUUUCGGUGUACAAAACAUCUUUUAUCAACGAUUUUAUUUCAAAUAUAGUUUCUGGGCGUUUUUUUCUUCUAAUUUUUCCCCAUUUUUUGCGAGACAGUUCUAAAUCGGAUUCAUGAAAGUGAUGAGAUUCGGGGAGUAUCUUUAAAACGUUUUAACUGAAUGAAGUGAAACUUCCAUAAGUCGAACUCACAAAAUGAAUGAAAAAAAAACGAGUUAUAGAAACUUCGAUUUAAUGAAGUAAAACAAAAGUUAGUUUAAUUUUUAUUUUACUUUAUUGGAAUAUGAUUUAAGAAAACAAAACGGUUUAUGAUUAACAGAAGCUUAAAAAAAAUCAGAAUUCAUUCGUUUCCAAGGCUUCAUGGACCUUGUUUCAGCUGCACAGUUAAGCCUUCAACUAAAGCUGCAUCAGCAUCAACUUCAUUGUCACUGAUGGAUUCCACUUCAUCAGAUGCAACCGAAAGUGAAAUUUCUUCAUCACGCUGCUUAUCACAAACAAUAAUUUAACUACCCAAGUUAAUGUAUUCUGGAAGGCUGCAUAUUAUACCUUGUGUAUUUUGUAUACGCGAAAAAUCCUCUUGCAUUUCUCUGAACUCAUUUAUGGGCACACCAAAGUCUGCGUAAAUUUCUCCUAGCUCUGCCAAACUUAAAUCGUCUUCUCAUCCCAAUGAGAAAGUUUGCCAAAUCCAGCUUUUAUAAAUAAACUUCAUAUUGUGGAGCCUUUACAUCAUAGUUCCAUGACAUUGAAACAUUUUUUAUGCAGUCCAGUAAGGUUAUUUUUGGACUAACAUUCCCCUCUUCUAUUGAGGAAAGUAUUUUGCUGAUGAUAACACCUUGAUCCAUUGGUUGUAGGGCGGCUGUCAUGUUUGGUGGAACAAAAUUAGCUUAAUAGACUUUAAGUUUGUUGGUGAUUUGUUUGCAUUGUAGUUGUCAACAAAAAGAAGGAUUUUUGGUUUUGAUUAAAAAUACCUUGCCCCAUUCCUUACCCCAAUCUUCAAAAAAGUCAGUUACCAUCCACGACUUUUUGUUUCCUCGGUACUUUACAGGUAAAGACUUUACUCCUCGUAAACAUCGUGGCUUAUUGCGUUUGCCACUUAUAUUUGGCGCAAUCACACAUGUUUCCCGCUCUUUACUAUGUUUACCACCGUGACAUUUCUUACCCUUAAAAGUCAAUGUUUUAUUUGGAAGGCAUUUAUAAAAAAGUCCAGUUUUGUCUACAUUGAAUAUAUCAUCUUCACUGUAACCUUCGAUUAGUUAUGGUAGAACAUUUUGCUUACAGUCUUCUUGAUCAAGUGAGGCACUCUCUCCAGAUACUGUUUUUUGAACAAUGCCAUUUCUAAUUGAAACAACAAAAUAUUGUAAACAUACAUAAAAACUCUGUAUGUACAAUUUGUUGUCACGUCGAACCUACCUUUUUUGACUUUAUCAAGCCAACCUAUACUUGCAGCAAAAUCAGUUUCUCCUAUUUUAAUUGCAAACCUUUUAGCCUUCUCCUUUAUAAUUGUCCCUGCAAUUGGGAGGUUUUCACGGCUGGCUUCCGUAAACCAAUUGGAGACAGCCUUGUCAACACGAUCAUAUUUUAGAGGUUUUUUCGUUUUGUGAAGUUCAAGCAUUUUUUGUGAAAGUGUACUUUUAUGGCAACGAUUUUCUUUUUAACACCACUCUCAAUUUCAUUUAUGACUUUCGGCAUUUGUUCAAAAGGAAGAUCCUUUAAUUUUCUUGCUGACAUUUUAAAUUCGUGAAUUGCUGCUUUGCGAACUUAAAAAAGAAAAUAAACAAAACUAGGAACUUUGCGCAUAAAAACUCGUUAACCCGUUCAAAACCGAAGUUCAAAAGAAAAACAUACACACUAUGAAAAGCCAUCCCUCUUCUUCAAACAAAACUACAGAAAUUAAUCACAGUAGACUCAACUAUUUUUCACAAAAUUGAAACAAAAGUUGAUUUAUUUCUGCUGAAAAAACUUCUAAAAUAAUUAUAGUAGCCUCAGUAAAUGUCGAAAAAGAGAUUUCCCCAAUAGGAGAAAAAGUUCGAGUCAUAGAGACUAUUUGGCAUCAAACGGAAUCUAAAAAAUUCGAUUUAUAGAAAAAUUCUAAUUACAGACGUUCGAAUUAUGGAGGGAAAAAUUCAUGAAAAUAAGAUUGAAAAAUCAAAGUUCUUAAUAAAAUUUUGAGUUAUAGAGAAAUUCGACUUAAGGAGGUUCAAGUUAUGGAACUUCGACUGUGUAAAGAACUUCUCAGUUUUUAAAAUAGUCCACAAAAUGCAUUAAAUUAAGUUUAAAUGUAACGUUUUGGCUCGAUGGCAUGAAGCUGAGUCAUUUUCGAAAAUUAAAUUUCCGAUAGGCUCGGAAUCUUGCUCCAAAACACCUAAAUUUAUAUCAUAACUCAUUAUGAUAAUGGCUCCAACACCAAAUGGAGGAGAAUGUUUUAAACGACUAAAAAGACAUUCAUCCGAAUACCUUUCUCCUUUUUCACGGCGAGCUAUCACAUUGCUAUAGGGUCCAAAGAAAUUAAACUUGGAUUCAUCCGAAAAAAAAACUUGUCCUCAAGCAUUUCCCGUCCAAUCUUUGUAAGUUUUACCAGAGAAGAUGCCUUCUGCACUUUCUUUUCUGCUUUGUGACUGAAAAGCAUUGUUGAUGUCUCCAGCAUAGUGUAAUCUGUUUCGGAUUGAAAGUCGGUGAAUAAGACACUAUUGAUGAAAUCGACUUGGGACUUCCACUCCCAAUUUUUGGCGAAAUUGAACCAUUAGACUGGAAAGUUUUAAGGACAUUAGGUUAGGUUAAAGUUGCUCUACAUGAUAAAGUAGAACACACUUAGACCAGUCUCGUGGCUCAUUGUGAAUCUACAUGAAUCUUGAGAAUUUUUUCUAAGCUCAAUAAAACCAGUUUGAGUCCCUUACGAAACGUAAAAGACUGAUUAUGUUAAUAUGAUUGAGAUAGUUAGGAUCGUUAUAGAAGAAUUCUCCUAGGUAAAUCUUGCAUUUUUGAGCUAGAGCAGGGCAUAUAACGAGGAGAUGAAGAACUUCCCUUCCUCAUCCAUAAAGCAAAAGUCAUUGGAGAAAAUCUUAUUGAAUGCUACAAUUCCACUAAAGGUAACAGCUUAGUUAAAAAAGGAAUAGACAAAACUAUGAUAAUUUAAGUUAACGCUUGGUUUUAAAUAAUUGUACCUUAUGUUACGACUGCUUCUUUGUCAAAAUAGUAAGAAAAGAGACACAAUUUGUAAUUUAAACGUUAAAACACAAAAAUAUAAGAAUAGAUCAAUGUGAUUUUUUCUUUGGUCGCUGGGUGUAUCUUCAGUCUUAAUUGACACAAAAUUUGAUAAUAGAGAUGUCUGUUCUUAAGGCUUUCAUCUUUGAUGGUAAAGUCUUUUUUUGUUUUAAAAAAGCUGUAAAUCCUUUUUUUAGCUGCAUUACACCGAAAAGUCGAAAAUAGAGAUGAGCCUUCUAUAAGGACAGUCUUUUUUUAACAAGGAUUAAUAUUUGGCCAUCACUGAAUCACAUUGGUAUUUGGUAGUUGAAUAUGAAAAAUCAUAGUUAUUGGCUAUAAAAAGCUGAAUGUUGACUAGAAUCCAACUCGAACACUGCAAUUAAUUGAACUAAUGAGAAACCUUUCCCUUAAUAUUUUGUUUUCAACUAAUCUUAAAGAUAUUUGAUCGGUCGUUUAUUUGUUGGUCGCUAUCAUAUGUUUGCCCAAAAAUAUCAAAAGCCAUAAAUAGAAUUUUAAAAACGAUUUAAAUCAAUUCGUUGAGUCAAUUCGAUACAUCAGAAAAACAAAAAAAAAAUAAGAAAAAUGUUAAUGUAUAAAAAAAUGUAUGAAAAAUGAUUUUUUUAAAGUAAAUUUUAAAUUCAAAGCAAAAAGUACGCAAAUUCAAAACAAAAGUCGAAUUAGUAAUAAUUGAGGUAUACAAACGAUUCUUGUGAAAUCGAUAAUUUAAAUUUUGUAAACCGUUAUUUAGUAAAGUAAAUGCAUACAAAAAAGUUUACAAGGCCUCAUAUGUCAUAUUAAAUAAAAUUCCACGUUGGCAUCCCACAUCUUUUCUCAUAAAAUCAGCAUUUUGCAAAUAUUUUACAAACAAAUAACUUAAGUGAAAAUAAAACAUUGGAACUUGUUAAAUUAUGUUAAAAAUGUCUAUUAAUUUAAAAAACAUUGAAUUAUUGGAAAGACGAAAUUUGUUUUGGCUCAUUUAAAAAAAUAUGUAUACAAAUAAGCUGUUUGUGUGGUUUAAUUUGAAAACAAGUAACUUAAAUGGCCUUAUUCCCAGCUCCAUUAAUUUGUUAAACGUUUUAAUGUUCCAUUUGUCAUGUCGGUUUUGUGGAAGAACAAAUCAGGUCCAUAUUAGUCUGGGAAUUUAUCUUUACAUGGAGCCGAAAUAAAAACUCAGCUAUUCUGUGUUAUCUUAGAUGUUUUAUUUCAGCUGCAGUUAGAACAUUAUACUUAACUUUGUUCUUAAUUUAAAAAAAUAAAAAGUUGUACCAAAAACUAUCCUUUUUGUAACUUGUGAUUACUUGUUUUCAAGAACACUCACCCUUUACGACACACGCAGCUAUAUGUCUGCCUUUACUACAAAGUCCACCUUUCUCUUUAAUACUUUUAUUUUAAAGUUUGAUCAUCUUUUUAAAAAUGCGAACGCAUUAUGUCUAUACUUUACCAAUACCAUGUUUUCUUUGAUCCUUGAAGCAUAUUAAGUUUUCGACUCCAAAUUAAACAGAGCUAAAUUUAAAUCAUCAUCAAUAUCUAUAAUACAGUAUACGACGUUAAACAUGAGAAAUACAUUUGAAACUUAUUUACUUUCAAAACAAAAUGUUUACUAAAAGUGCUUGGACGAACAUUAUCCAGCCUUGAAAAUAAAACGUUUAUUAUGAAAAUAAUUCUUUUUGAUUUAUUGUGAAUUCCUAGUUCUGGCUAUUCGAUAUAAAAUAAAUGUACACUAACAAAUUAUAUUUACUUUAUCACUGAAUGUAUGUAUUCUUAAAUUUUUUUAAUUUAAAUUCUAAGAGACUGGAAAAUAAUUUUACAAAAAAUAAAUAAAAUAUUUUUAAUUAUAAACAAAAAAAUAACAUUAUUUGUAGUUAUAGUAGAUAUUUAAACAUAAAUUAAAAAAGAAAAAAAUGAAACCUUCAUCGCCAUAUUACAGAAAUAAUGAAGUUUGUUAUUAAAUUUAAUAUUUAAAUAAAUAAAAACAUAAAAAGAAUAAACAAAAAUAGGUUAUAGCAAAGAAAUCUUACGUAAAAAUUACACAACAACAAAUAUAAAAUGAUAUGUAAUAUAGAGACAUUAAAAUAAGCCAUGUAUAUACUAUAACAAAAUAAAACUGAAAGAAAUAUGGAUUCAUUGAAUAAAUUCAUAACAUUAUAAGGAAAUAGA